CCCUGAUGUCGUUGCUGGCUGGAAGCUACCCCUGCACGUGUCUCGUACCUAAUGCAAGGAACGUGAAGAUGAUUGGGUGCAGUUCCCCGGAUACCCCCGCAAUGUCGGAACAGGCCCAAGCACAGUGGGCGAUGGCAGUGACCUUAGCUACCCACAUGGCGUCGGACUUGGCCCGCAACAUCAUCAUCAUCAUCAUCAAUCGAUGCUGUCAACACCUUCCAACGUCUCUUCAUGAUCUCGUUUUUUGCAUGCCUUUGUCAUUGACUACUGCCAAAAUUGUAGCACACAGCAUUUGUUGAUUUAUCCCUUGCCCAUUGAGCUUCGCGGCGCGACGCAAUGCGCUCCGGAUUCGCCGUUGCGGCGCUUCUUGCCGUCGUCGAUGCCUCAGCCCUCACACCUCCCGUUCUCCCGUUGAUCGUGAGAAACCCAUAUCUGAGCGCAUGGCUGCCCGGUGCGAGACAAGAGCCAUGGAAAAUGUGGCCGAGGUUCUGGCAAGGUGGUGAUCUCGGAUUUAGCAUCCUCGCGCAAGUUCCUGAUACAGGGGAAGUUUUCCCGUUGCUGGGAAGACCACAGGAUUUCCUGGAUAAGAGCGACAGCGCUAUUAGCAUCAAAGAACCCGCUUACAAGGGCGCCUCCUACGAUGCUUCCACCACCAACCUUACAUAUACUCUUCCUGCGCCAUCGGAUACCAAGCACGCCCCGCUCGAAAUCACACUCUCCUUCCUCUCGCCCAUUACGCCCACCUCUACUGCACGCCAAUCCAUCCCCGCUGCCUACCUCGCAAUUUACGUACAUGGUACCUUUGACUUGAACCUAUAUUUGGAUGUGAAUGGACAAUGGGUCACUGGGAAACGCGAUAGCGUGCUUGAGUGGGACUUUGUUCACCAACCGCCAAAAGAUUCUGUGCCGGGUCUCAAAACGUGGAAGGUCAAGCGUCAGACUGAGCAACUCUUUACAGAGACAAACGAUCAGUCAGAAUGGGGUCAGCUACACUUCACUGGUCCGGCCAGUGCGCGCCAUGAAUCUGGAAAAUCAUCUGAACUACGCCAGCGCUUCGCUCGGACUGGCACUCUUCAGAAUGAAAAUGAUGAAAGGUUCCGUCGCAUUUUCGAGAAUGAACCUGUAUUCGCUUUUUCCAAGGCUUUCAACAUGACUUCGUCCCAUAGCAGUAGCGCACUGUUCACCUUUGCGCACAUUCAGGAUCCAGUCACCCAGUAUGCGUCGGCUCGUGGCUUGACUCAUAUGCGCCCGUUAUGGGAGUCCUUCUACAGAGGUGGCAAGGAUAAUCUUAUCCAAAUCCACUACGGCGAUUUCGAGCAUACAAAGGUUCUGGCCAGCAAUUACUCAGAGCAAUUGCGCAUUGAUGCCUACAAAUCCGGUUCUUCCAACUAUGUCGACAUCGUCGCCCUCUCAGCUCGACAAGUGAUGGGCGCCACGUCAUUCUCAGGUACCCCGGAGAACCCGCUGCUUUUCUUGAAAGAAAUCUCUUCGAACGGCAAUACGCAGACUGUUGAUGUCAUCUUCCCCGCGUUUCCUUUCUUCCUCUAUACCCAGCCCAAAUGGGGCGCGUACCUUUUGGAGCCAUUACUUGAACAUCAACUGAGUGGACAGUAUCCAAACAAGUAUUCUAUGCAUGAUCUGGGAGCACACUUCCCCAAUCUUACCGGCCAUGCAGAUGGCAGAGAUGAGUAUAUGCCUCUUGAAGAGUGCGGAGAUAUGCUCAUCAUGGCUCUUGCGCUAGUUAAUUCCCUCGUCUACGACUCUGCAGACACUGCGCAAUCUAUUUGGUCAACUGUUGGAUCCGAACCAACUGCUUUUUCCCCUGAUGACAACGUCUUUGCUCUGACCAACAUCGGAACCGUGGACGGAAUAACACAUAUCGACGAGCAUUGGGGGAAUGGCGCGGACGGUGUUAGAGCUGCGAAGCAAUGGGUCGCACGAUCUUAUGAGAUCCUUCUUCAAUGGACCUCCUAUCUAGAAGAAUUCUCGCUUGAGCCUCACAAUCAGCUGUCAACAGAUGACUUCGCAGGCUGGCUACCUUAUAUGACCAAUCUAGCCCUCAAAGGCAUCAUCGGUAUCAAAGCAUUCAGUGAGAUUGCAACACUGCUCGGCAAACCCGAUGUGGCAACCAACUACCGUAACAUCUCUGACACCUACGUCACCAAGUGGGAAGAAUUCGGCACAUCACCCGAUGGCACACACGCCAAACUUGCAUAUCACUGGUACGGUAGCUGGACGACACUAUACUCUCUUUACUCAGACGCUCUUCUUUGCUUCCACCCUACCCUCACUGCCCCCAACGCAUUUGCAUCCGGGUCUAUAAUUGGCCAACAGCCUUUACAACCCGAAUCUUCCACAAAAUCCAAAGACUUCAUCCCCAACCACAUAUACAAACAGCAAUCAGACUGGUACUCCAGCGUCAUUCAACGCUACGGCAUCCCCCUCGACUCCCGCCACCUCUACACGAAAUCAGACUGGCAAUUCCAAGCCGCAGCCGUCGCCUCCCCUUCGACACGCACCGAAAUCCUCGAGCGCGUGGCACUCUGGGUCAAUGAAACGAGCACAGAAGUACCCUUCACCGAUCUCUUCGAGACAGAAGGGACUGGUGGACUUGGCGCGGGACAGCGAUUCAUGGCGCGGCCGGUGGUCGGGUCACAUUUUGCGUUUUUGGCGCUUGAGAGGAGCUGCGGGGGAAAUGUUGGGGAGGGGUUAGCGAAGGUGAUGCAGAGUUUCGGGAUGGAUGGAGAGGAAGAACCGGAAGAAGAGGAGGUUAGUGAACUCUAG